GGAUCCUCUGCGGGGUCAAAACGCAGCCUCGUCGGUGCCCCUGCUCGAAAUGGGCGCCAGAGCAUGGGACUACGAGGCACUGCCGGAACUUCACACCUCGACGGCUGUCACACCGUCCUCCACACCGCCAAAUGCUCAACAGAAGGUCCACUCGCCGAGAGUCUACUUCCAGCCUGAGAAUCUGGCAUCCACCAGGAGACGAAGCAGCUCCAGGCUACUGGCGCCUCAAACCUCGUGCAGGAGACGCAGCAGAAGCAUGAGCGCCUGGAGCGACCUGUCAAGGUCCUCGUUCAAGCUGGAUGAAAGGUAG